AUGAUUCGAAAUUUGUUUAAAAAAGAAAGUUAUUUAAAAAGUGUUAUUGAGUUACAAAAAUAUUCAUUAUGCACUGAAUCAUUAGAGAAUACAAAAAUAACAUCUAAGAUAUCUAUAAUUAUCGAGACAUUAAAUCAAAAAAUUACAACUUUUAUGAAUCGUGUAGAUAAUAAGAAUAGGAAUAUAUAUUUGGAUAGAUUAUGGAAUGUAUUUGAAGCAAAUAAUUUUAAAUUUACCUUAGAAUCAAUUAAUACAAAAUUAAGGGUAUGGGAAGAAAACGGUAAAUCAUUUGAUGUAAAAGAAAUGUUAGUGGAUUUGGAGACUAAAAAAAAGUUAAUUCCUGAUAGAGAAUUCAUGAAUCAUAUGAUUUAUCAAUUAGCCAAAGAUGGUAUGAAAAAUGAGUUAGAUAAUUUUAAAUCUAAAUUAAUUAAAAGAAAUUUGUAUUCUGAUAAAGAAUAUACAUUAGCUAUGAUAAGAUGUUUAUCAGUUAAAAAAGAGAAUUCAAAUUGUGAUAAUCUAAUAACAACUUUUAUUGAAAAAUAUGAUGAAGAUAAUAAAUAUGAAGCAUUGUCUCAAGCAAUUCUUGGAUCUUCACAACAGGCAGAUUUAUCACGAAUAUAUUCACUAAUAAGAAGAGCAAUUGUUUUAACAGAAAAAGUAAAUUAUGGAAUGUAUAACAGAAUAUGCUUAAAACAUGAUGUUAUUAUGGAUGUAAUUUGGAAUCUUGAAGUAAUGUCUUCACCUACAAAUAAAAAUGAAAUCCAAAUUUUAAUAGAAGAUCUUUUGAAUGAUAUAGAAAAAGAAGCGGGUUAUAAUAAAUUAUUAAUGAGAGAAUGUGAAAGACAUAUUAAUGAAAGGCAUUAUAAUACAGCUGUAAAAUUUAUUAAUCAACUAUUUAUUGGUUUUACAAAAAUAAACAAUUAUAAUGUUGACAAUUCAAUUGAACAUUUAAUACAAAGAAUACUAGAAACAUCAUGUAUAUUGAAAUUUGAAGAUCACAAUAGUCAUGAAAAAUAUGAUAUGCUUUUAUACUUCAUUAACGAAAUUGAUUCUUCUCGAGUGAGUCAUCAUCUCAUCUAUCCUAUUUUAGAAAGUGAAAAUGAUUUUUUAAAAAGAUUAUCUUUUAUAAAGAUGUGGAAAGAUAUAGGAUAUUAUGACUUAACAAAAUUAGAUUUCAAUUUAAUUUAUCAAUACAUACUAAAACCAAUAAUUAAACAAACAUCAAAUGAAAAAUCUCCUAAAAAUGAUUUUGGAAAUUUGCAAGAUAUGGAAGAAACAUUGACUAAAUAUAAUAUUCCAGAAUAUGUAAUAUUUAAUUGGAUAUUGAAUUUAAAGAAUUAUUUAAAUAAAGAAAAAAAACAAUAUGUAGAUAAUAUUUCAAUUUCAACAUUAAAUAAUUGGUUAGAAAAAAAUAAAAGAAAAAAGUAUAUUCCAAAAACAACAAAUAAUGUGACAAGAAGUAUACUAGAAGAUUAUAUUAAAAAUCAGGAUUUUACAAAUAUUCAUAAAAUAAUGAUCGAAAAGAGUAUAUAUAAAACUAUAAAUAUUCAUCCUUAUAUUAAUAAAAUUCUUGAAAUAUAUUUACAAUAUGGUUGUUGGGACGAAAUAUUAUUAUUCCUCACAAAUAUUUCAAAUAAUAUUACAUUUUCUAAUAAUGAAGAAGAAAUGUUAAGUACGGAGCAAAUAUUUAGAAUCUUAUAUAAAUUCACCGAAAAUAUGAAAGACAUAGACGAUUUGAUAAGAGUAACAUCUUAUAUUAAAAUGAAAUUUCUGAAUACUUGUUUUGUUGACAAAAAUAUUAAUAAUAUAUUAGAAGAAUUUCAAAAUUUAAUACUUAAAGUUUUGGAUCUUGAAAAUAAAGAGAAAUUUACAGAAAACCAUAUUGACGAUGUUCAGAUGUUAAUGAAAAUAUUAUGUAAUCAUUUUCUAUCUUCUUCAUUAAAGAAAAAAAUAAGAGAUAGAGAAAAAAUAACUCCAUAUCUUAUGCAUGAAAUUUUAAAUCGUUUAAAUUGGAAUAAGGCUGUAGAAGUUUUUCUUAAAUUUCAAAGUAGAAUGUAUUGGUCAAAUGGUUUAAUAAUAUUGUUAAGUUAUAGCUUAGAAAACUCUAAUGAUUUGAUUCAACAAGAUUAUUUAGAAUCAGAAGCUAAAAAGUAUAUGCCUGAAAGUCAGUUUAAUUGUUUUCAAAUGGCUGCAUUAGCUAAGUCAAAAGAAAUUGAUGUAGCAAAAAAAGAAAUUACUUAUAUGUUUAAUUGUAUUGAGAGUAAUGACAUUAUUAAUGUUUUUCAACUAAUAGGAAAAUUAUCUUUUACCUUAAAUACAAAUGUGUGGCGAAGAAAUUUCUUAGAUCUAUGUUUAAAUUAUAAUUUUGUUAAAAAUAAAAAAAUUGUUUUGAAUUUUUUUGGCAAAAAAAGGAUACGAAAACUUAAAAUAUAG